UUGGUUCGCAAGUCCCCGCAGAGGGAGUCUCUCAUUCGUCUGCGACAAAUGCCCGCCUAUGGCACUGAAGCCCCAUCCAUCGGACAAUUGCCACAACCCUAUUUGGAACCGGAAAUCGCGUCUGUUCAGGUCAGUUGUACUAAUGCAAUUGUAUUGUGA